CCCAUCCUCGAAAACAACUCUAUACAUAAGCAAGCAAGCAAGCAAGCAAAGCAGCCCCUCCCGUCCGAGUCGUCAAACAAAGAUCAAAGAUACUGCUGCUGCUGCUGCUGCUGCUUCCGCUCCUAUCAAAGAUCUCAUCUUCUCUUCCUCCAGAAUUUGACGCCGAUCUUCACCGUCUUCAGAUCUCGGAUUCUGUGAUGGCUGAUCAGAAGAAGAAGCAACCACUCUUUGUCAAAGUUGAUCAGCUUCUUCCCCAAGCUGAAGGGUUUAGCAUCACAGUUAAGGUUGUUAACUCCAAGGUAAUAGUGCCAAGGGGCCGUGGUGAUGGAAAUGCUCCUCGCCAAUCACGUAUGGCAGAGUGCUUAGUGGGGGAUGAAACUGGAAUGAUUAUCUUCACAGCCAGGAAUGAUCAAGUGGAUUUGAUGAAAGCGGGUGAAACAGUGAUCCUGCGCAAUGCAAAGGUUGACAUGUUCAAGUCGUCGAUGAGGCUCGCAGUUGACAGGUCUGGACGUGUUGAAGCCACUGAUGCUGCUGAUUUCACUGUGAAGGAAGAUAGCAAUUUGUCACUCAUCGAGUUUGAACGUAUUGAUAUGAUGCUGUAGUAACUAGUACUGGUGGUGAUGGGUUGUUGGUGGAGGUUUCUUGCCUUUCCCAUCCUCUGUUGAGUUAAUUUAGAACACAUCUAAAGAAGCAGUAAGUAGAAAGAACUUUUGGCUUCUUUUUUUUUUUUUUUUAAUUUGAUGCACUGCGUUUUGCUUUGUUACCAGAACUUCUUCUUUUUCUUCUUCUUCUUGUCUCACUGGUGACAUCUCUGGAUACUAAUAUACUGUGUUUGUUCUUUUGUUAUAGUUACUUUUGACAUUUCUUAUC